AGCAAUGGCGGUCACUGACUAAAUGCCGGCCACUUCGUUAUGAAUUGUGUGGUCAGAUUGUUGAUCCAGAGCUCAUCGUCCCCGCGAUUGACUGGUUUAAAGUACAUUCAGUUUCGUAAAACAUCUUUUCACGGCUUUCUGAGAUCAUCGUCGAUUUUUGGCGUUCAUAAAUUUGCUUUAAAAUUGAUACACCCCGAUAGAGAUGUGAAAUUCUACAGCACAGGAGCAAAGACCAGGACGAAAAACUUCUACAAAGUGCUCGGCGUUUCACCUAAAGCCACCCAGGCACAGAUUAAAAACGCAUUUUACAAGCUCUCCAUCAACCACCACCCGGACAAACACAAGGGAAGCGCUGAAUCUCACGAAAAGUUUCAAAAUAUCACGGAGGCUUACAACGUACUUGGAAAUCAAGAAUCGAGAAAGCAAUAUGAUCGAGAACUUAUCGGCGAAGGACAGUUGAGAGCAGAACACGCACAAGGUUACGAACAUCCACAAACGGUCAAGAAAUCAGGGUCGAUUUAUAAUUUUGACGAAUGGACUAAAGCACACUACUCGGAUACACUUGAUCGAAAUCACCGAACAAAAUUAAGACAAGAACAACUUAGGAAAGAAAAAUUGAAUACGCCAACAACGGGAUCUGGCACAAUGAAGGCUACGUUUGUUUCGAUUACCGUAUUAUUGCUUAUUUGUAUGUAUUAUUACAGUAAAAACGCACAGAAAUUCGAAUCAAAAGAUGACUUUCGAAUGUGAUAUUUUACACAAAUAUCGCAUACAUUUCUCUCAUUGGUAGAAAAUACAAAAACAUUUGGUAAUGAGAAUUUGGAAGCUAAUAUUAAAUGAUAAAGGUUGGGAUUUCUACACCAACGACUCUUUUGUGUAAAUUUUGUAUUAAGAACAGUUUGGGCUCAACUUUUAUAGUUAUAUUUCCCCCAUCAAAACCAAGAAACAAUGAAAAUAAAGUAACCUCCCCAGAAGGCAAGUGCAUUUCUUA